CCUCCGCCGCCUCAGCUUCCCGAGCGAGCCCUGCGGCCGCCGGAGCAGCUCCCGCGGCGGAGCAGGAGCCGGAUGGUCAGAGGAGCCCGGCAGCCCCAGCAGCCGCGGAGUCGCCUGGUCCCCAGACUGACUGGCACAGUGGAGAAACCACCUCGAAAACGGAAAAGCAGGACUGAAUUUGCACUUAACGAAAUCAUGUCCUCUGGAGGUGCUGAAGAUGAUAUCCCACAGGGAGAGAGGAAAACAGUUACAGAUUUUUGUUACCUUCUGGAUAAGUCUAAGCAGUUGUUCAAUGGAUUAAGAGAUUUGCCACAGUAUGGGCAGAAGCAGUGGCAGUCCUAUUUUGGAAGAACUUUCGAUGUUUACACCAAACUCUGGAAGUUCCAGCAGCAACAUCGACAAGUCUUGGAUAAUCGGUAUGGCUUGAAGCGGUGGCAAAUAGGGGAAAUUGCUUCUAAGAUUGGGCAGCUAUACUACCAUUAUUACCUACGCACGUCUGAGACCAGCUAUCUGAAUGAGGCUUUCUCCUUCUAUUCUGCAAUCAGACAGAGAUCAUAUUAUUCUCAAGUCAAUAAAGAGGACAGACCUGAGUUGGUUGUUAAGAAGCUACGAUACUAUGCAAGAUUUAUUGUAGUUUGUCUUCUGCUCAACAAAAUGGAUGUUGUGAAGGAUUUGGUGAAGGAAUUGUCAGAUGAAAUUGAAGAUUAUACUCACCGCUUUAAUACAGAAGAUCAAGUGGAAUGGAACCUGGUGCUUCAAGAAGUAGCAGCUUUCAUUGAGGCGGACCCCGUGAUGGUAUUGAAUGAUGAUAAUACCAUUGUUAUCACAUCUAAUCGCCUUGCUGAAACAGGAGCCCCAUUGCUGGAACAGGGCAUGAUUGUGGGACAGUUGUCUCUGGCUGAUGCGCUCAUUAUUGGUAAUUGUAAUAACCAGGUUAAGUUUAGUGAACUAACUGUGGACAUGUUCCGGAUGUUACAAGCCCUGGAAAGGGAGCCAAUGAACUUAGCUUCCCAGAUGAAUAAACCGGGAAUGCAGGAAUCAGCUGAUAAGCCUACCAGACGAGAAAACCCCCACAAGUAUCUGCUGUACAAACCAACCUUCAGUCAACUGUACACAUUCUUAGCAGCAUCUUUUAAGGAGCUGCCUGCCAAUAGUGUGCUUCUGAUUUACCUGUCAGCCACUGGCGUUUUCCCCACAGGUCGUUCUGAUAGUGAAGGUCCUUAUGAUUUUGGAGGGGUACUUACUAAUAGUAACCGGGAUAUUAUAAAUGGAGAUACCAUCCACAAACGAAAUCAGUCCCACAAGGAAAUGCACUGCCUUCAUCCAGGAGACCUCUACCCUUUCACGAGGAAGCCCCUGUUUAUUAUCGUGGAUUCAUCCAACAGUGUCGCAUACAAGAAUUUCACAAACUUAUUUGGACAGCCACUAGUCUGCUUGCUUUCUCCUACAGCAUAUCCAAAAGCUUUACAAGAUCAAUCUCAACGAGGUAGCCUCUUCACUCUCUUUUUGAACAAUCCUCUAAUGGCCUUCCUAUUUGUCUCUGGAUUGUCAAGCAUGCGCAGAGGCCUAUGGGAAAAAUGUCAAGAAUAUCUUCGAAAAAUCAACCGUGAUAUUGCCCAGCUACUGACCCAUUCACGUUCAAUAGAUCAAGCAUUUCUCCAGUUUUUUGGAGAUGAGUUUCUUCGCUUGCUUCUCACAAGAUUUAUCUUUUGUUCAGCCACCAUGAGGAUGCACAAGAUUUUUCGGGAAACACGAAACUAUCCAGAAUCAUAUCCCCAACUGCCAAGGGAUGAAACAGUGGAGAACCCUCACCUCCAGAAGCACAUUCUGGAAUUAGCGUCCAUUCUGGAUGUUCGAAAUGUGUUCCUCGAGAGUACCAUAGAUGACUAUUAAAACAAAAAUCCUCUUGUUGAAACAAUUUUUCAUUUGCCACAGAUUUUACAUGGUGCCGUUUUCUAAUGUGAUGACAGACACAUAGUGGUGUUACUUAGUUUUAAUUUUUUAAUUUAAGGCCACCAUUUUAAAAACAAACUGAAAAAAUUAUUCAGACUUUUAGGGUAACUGUUUUAAAAUACAGUCUUUCAAGUCUUUUAAAAAACUCAAUUAAUCUUGGAAUUUUUACUUUCCGAUUUUGAGGUAUGGCUACUUACCUCCAACAUCUGUCCCUACACACAUAUAGUCAAUGUUCUCACCCUCAGAAGAGUAAAUCAUUUAUUUUUAUAUAAUGAAGAAAAUCCAACUCUUAUACUUGGACCUUAAAUGUGUGGAUUUAGAAAAUAUAUCAUUGUUCACAAAGAUGAAACUAGCCAGCAUGGACUAUUAAAAAUCAAGAACAGUCUUUCCAUAAUAUUUCUUUUCAUUCCAACUUAGUAGGUAGACAAAUGUGUGAUUCUUUGAAGCAUAUCAAGACAAUUUCUGAAAUCAUUUAAUUCAUUAAAUCCUGUCAUAAUUUCAGAAACUGUAUAGGAUUGAUUUGCAUCUAAAAGUUAAAUCUUUAGUUGGAGUCUUAAGAUGAUAAAUAUCACUUGCAAUGUGUGAGCCCUGUAUUAUCAUGAGAUAUGCUGGCAUAUUUUCCUUUUUUGUAAUCUGAAUGCUAGAAAUGAAAAAAAAAGACUUUUAAGUAUUUCAGUCAAAAAAUCAGAUUGUUGGUUUCAUAAUACAAUGUUUCCACAGGAAUUCUAUUUAAACUCUUAAUUCAUGAUAUCAAGUUUAAAGACCAUCCAGACUGAAGGCUGUGACAUACAGUACAGAGGUUAUAUAAUCUUUUUGCCUAGUUCACGUUUAUGAGAUGUCAAAGUCAGAGAUGUUAUUAAUUUUAGUUGGGGAUAACUGAAUUCUGAUUUAACCUAAAAUGGAAGUAACUUUUGCAUUGACAAUUUGGAAAUAAGAUUUUUUAAAAUUCCUGAUAUUUAAUAUUUUAUAUUCAUGCACAAGGUUUUUUUUUAUUAUUUUAAAUAGGACUCCGUAUAUAAUGUAAAGUUUUUUGUGUUUUUCUUCCGUGUCAUCCCCUUCAUAAUUUCAUAAGCAUUAGUGAUGUUGCUUUGGGUUUUUUUCUCCCCUUCUUUUGACUCCACAGCAUUCAAGUUCAGGAAUCUAUGAACCAAAAGCCCUUCUACCUAAUUGUAGAAUUUGUACAGGCUCACACCGUCUACCUCUGGCAGUCCCAGAGGAAAUAAGGUGAUUGCUUUUGGUGCCUCUUUCCUGUGUCCUUGGGGAAAUUUUACUGUAAUAUUUUUAACUUGGUUUUCAUUUCAGGCAUAGGGAAUUAUUUGGGACUAAGUUAUUCAUAUACCUGUUCCAAUUUGCUGAUUUUUCAUCUGAAGUCUUGAAAUUAUUGUUCUUGGGUUUAGGGGACUUCGUGGUAUUUCAUUCUUUUUUUUUUUUUUUUUCAUUAUUUGUUCUUUUAAACCUUGUUUCAGAAAACCUUGAAAACUUAUCCUGGAGGGAGAUUUCCUUUGCCUAGUGGGUUGUUUUUCUUUAUCAGAUAAAGACUGCUUUUCUUUUUUUCAGUACCUUUAUAAACUUUUUGGCUUUCCUUUCAUAACGGUGUUCACCUGGAUUAUAGCAAUAGGCUGACCUCUUGUUUCAGUCCCCCUGAAUUUCUAUGCCAGUAAUGUACCUGACCUCAAGUAUUUUCCUCUCCUCUGAUGCUUAAAAUAGUAUUUAUUUAUCCUCCUGAGCUUUAUUCUCACCUGUUUAGCAUAAAGAACACUGGUCUGAGAACUAGGAGACCUGAGUUCUAAUCCUGGCUUCUCUGGUAGCUAGCUUUAUGCCCUUUGACAAGUGUCUUCAUGUUUCUGUUUUAUCAUAUUCUCAUCUGUAAAACGAAGGCAUUAGCCCAAGGUCCUAUCCAGUUUUAUGGUUCUAUAAUUGCAAUCUUGAUUUCCUUCCCCCCGUAACCUGGAAAACUAGUUUCCCUGAGUUUACCAUAGACAUUUUCUUUUCUAAGUCAUAUUUAAUUUGUUUUUGUUCACGAAAAUAUCUGAGUCUCAGUUAUUGUAGAAGCUAAUCUGGUGAAGAAAUUAGAGCUUUUGUGAUUAGAAACAUGUUUGUCCAAGAACAAGGGGUCUUGGAAAUCAUGACGAGGGUUUAGAUGAUGACAUUGUUCCUUAAGCUGAUAGUAGUGUAAUUUCUUACUGGUGGUUAAAAAUCUAAAGUGAGCUGAAGCGAUCUUGAAUCUUUAAGAAAGGAAAACUGUGCUAGAAAAUUCUGUACCAUUGUUUCAUUCAUGCCUUCAAGAGGAUGUGGACUGAACAAACUAUACUCCAGAUUUUGUUCUAGGCAUUGGGAAAGCAAAUGAAUCAGACUUUAAAAUCCUUGUCUUCAUGAAGCUUAUAUUUUAGUAGGAGUCAGGCAAUAAACAUAAUAAGAAAAUUUAUGUUAGAGAGUUGUAAGUUGUAUGAAGAAAAUUUAGAACAUGGUAAGGGAAAUGUUUUGGUUGUUUUGGGGUGAAGAACAGUGUCUGAGUGAUCAGGGUAAGCCUUAGUGAGAAGAUUAUAUUUGUGCAAACAAUUCAUGUUUCUUUUUUUUUUUUACUUUUUAUUAUGAAAAUUUUAAGCAUCUGUAGCAUUUAAUGAACCAUCCUGUACCCAUCACCAGGCUUCUACAUUUUAAGACAUUACUUUAAGCAAGGAAGAAGAAAUGUAAAAGGACAAUCACCCAUGGGUAUUGGCAAAGAAUCUCUUUUUUCAGUGCAUACCACUCCCCUUUAUAAAUAUAAAAAUAUUAAGCCCCUUAUUUAUUUAAUUUUAGAAUUCAUAGAAAUUUAAACAUUGGAACUAAGAACAAAGCAAAGCAAAGGGAAAAAAGCACUUCUUUGUUUUCAAAUUGCACAAGCUCCCCCUGGAGAUUCUGAUACAGUCUCUCACCUCCCUUAAGAAUCACUGCAAACAAAACAAGGUAUAGGAUUGCAAGAAGUCCCUUACACAGAGAACAGUGUUAAGCACAAUGGAAUUAUUUUCUCUUUCUUUAUCCGUAUAUUUCUGAAGGUGGUAAAGCAGCUAUUUUCCCUAUUUUUCAGAAGAGAAAGCUGAGACCCCAAAACACUGUAGGUUUAUUCAUAGAGGCAGAUCUAGAACUAAAACUCAAAUCUCCUGACCUCAGCCCAGUCUUUCUAGUAGCUCAGGUUGCUUUCUAUAAUGAACAAGAAAGGAAUAAUUAGAGAUUUCUAUUUUGGCACAAAAGGUUAAGGUAUUUUUAAAAUAUAUCUAAUAUUGAAACCAGGAAAUCAGUCAGCCCUGCAAAUUUUUAUUUAUUAAUUAUAAGAAAUCCCCAAGUCAGACAAUUUAGCCUUGAUUCUAGCCAGGAUAUAUUUUUUUGUAUAUGUGUGUGUGUUUUCCUCCUAGGAAGUGGUGCUCUCAAAACCUCUCAAAGCACAGAGAAUUUAUUAUACCCUUUAUAUAUUUACCAAGUUGAAAUGUUUUGAAAUUAUAAAUGCAAAGUGCAAUCUAGUCAUGACUGAAAUUUUCCUGAUACAGGAUCUGGGUUUUUUUUUUUCCUUACUUGUGGCUACCGCCCUUUAUUUUCUUCUUGUAGUAGAAUUCCCUGAAACAGAUUAGGUGGUAAUUGUACUGAAUUUCAUCGAGGAAAAUGGAAAAGCAUCCAGUCUGAUUUAUAUAUCAAUCUGUGGAGCUUUCUUUAGCAUUCUUCUCCAAGUUUAAUCUCUGACCUGUGUUACUUCAUCACUUUCUGUCUCUUAAAAGGGGUUUGGACGCAGUUGGAAAAUCUUGUACUUAGUUAUCCAUGAAGACUUGUAAUCAGCCUGAUAUAUAGAGAACAUUCUGGACUGGAAAUAGAGUAAGGUGCCAAGGGUCAGCCAACUUGGCUACUGCCAGUGAUUCAGAACCACCUCCCUACCCUAAGUGAGUAAGAAGAUUUGAUACGAAUAUGAAUGGUAUGAAUCUCCUGGUGAUAUUUUGGAUGUAUAUGUUCCUGUGUGUGUUUGGAGAGUAUAAAGGAUAUUUACACGGAGGGCUCUUUUGUUGACCUUAUUUAUUUAAAAAUAUUAUUUUAUUUGUAAUCGCAUGUGUAUAUUUUUGUGAUGCUAAAUGCAAUCUCUCUGUAUACUUUUUUGUAUAUAUGUACAUAUUUGUAAAUAUAUUGGUAUGCAAUGAUGCAGUAUGUGUAUAUUAUAUACCCAUACCCACUGUGGGCUGAAUUUAUUUAAGUUCUGUGAGGACAUCAUAGUGGCAUUGUUCAUGCUGCUGUAAUUAGGUUGUGGCUGUAUCUCAUUCAUGAGCCUCUAUUUUUGAGGGGCUUGUGUUUGGGUAAAAUUGGCUAAUUUGGAGUUGGAAUUAGGAUAUGAAGAUAUUAACAGAAAGCAGGAUAUUCUUAGCUUUAAAAUUAUCUGUCAAUUUCCAUUUAAAUGGAUGAUAAAUUAGUGAUAUAAACCUGAAAAACCUUAGUGUGUGAAACUGAGACACCAGCAGGUUCUUAAGCUAUUUCAGUCCUUUAUUUUUCUUGACCCAUAAUUGAGUAUUGUUAUUGAGUAGUAUUUAUAUUGAGAAUUAAGGGGCUGUGGAAAAAAUUACUUUGAUCCCAUUUCAAAAUAGAUAGGAAAAUGUCCUUUAAAUACAGAAAUUCUGUUUGUAGUUGCCAUGUCAAUACCUGAUACUAAAUUUUAAUUUUGGAAAAGUGUUUUCACCAAUGUGUCUCAUUUUAUAUCUGUCUCUGUGAGGCAGAGAAAGGGGCAUUAGGUAGGGGAAGGCUGUACCUAGGUGGGGUGGGAUUUAAUAAGGAACAGGAGAUUAUUAGUCUGUAUAUUUGCAGCAGCUGUGAUUAAUUUAGUCCUGUCUUGGCAUUUCAGACUAUAGAUUUUUCUUAUUGGAGUUGCAUAUCAAAGGUGAGUAGGCUCAUCUGAGAAAAUGCUUCUAGUGAAUAAAAUGCCUCCAGUUGUAUUUCUUUGUCUCUAUGAGACCACUUGUGUUCUGCAAAUUGAUGAUAUAUUCACACAUGAAAUAGAAUUCUUAAUAUUAGGUGCAUGGCGUGCUAUCAAAUCUGGGCCUCCAAACCUCUACCAAGGAUGAUGGGUGGGAGAGGAUAUCCUCUUAGAGGAUAGUGAAUAUGUGCAGUGCCAAUGUGUGAACACGGACUAUCACAGAAUAUCAGUGUUCGUUACUCCUGUUUUCACGUGGCCUGUGUAUUUGCACGGAAGAGUGUAGGAGAUGUUUAGUAUACCCUUGAACACAUUCACCGCAAAAAUUAAGUAGAGGUUAUUUUUGCAUGAUAAAAUAUAACUGCAAAACAACUGUUUACCCCAUUAUUUUUCAGACGAUUACAUCUGUGUAAUACAAUAGUAAAUUAUCUUAAAAAGAGGAGUUAGAGUCAGAAGUUGGUUUUACCACCCAACAAAUGUUACAUUUGCCUCUUCAUUGUAUUUUUAAUAAGAAGCCAACUAUUCACAACACCUCUCAGUUACAGUAUUAAAUUUAAAAUAAAGUUGUAAUUGCCUUUUUCAUAAAUAAAUAUUAAAAUUUGGUAAUGUAUUAUUUCUGGAAAAUCAGUGAAAAUGUCCAUAGUGUCUGAUAUUCUGUUGUUCUAGUAACCAAAUCAUUCAUUGCAAUUGGAGAGUAGCAGAGCAGAUGUUAUGCUAUUUAAAAUUCAUAGAACUGACUCAGGCUCAGUAUGGACGCUAAUUUGAGGAAAGGAGCAGCAGUAAGAAGUGCAGUAGAUGAGACUGACAUUGUGAAUAUGACCUAUGUUUCUAACAGUUGUAAAGCCAGUUACUUUGCAGUUAAAUAAGGUAAGAAUUGCUUAGAAAACCAAACCUUUCCCCCAUUCUGUACUCUUAAAACUUUGAUACUUUAUUUCUAUUCAUGCUGCACUUCCCAGUUUCUCCUGGAUACUGUGACCAGUUUACCUUAAAAAAAAAAAAAAAAAGGCAAUUCAUCUUCCUCAAACUAAAAUUUCAGAACAUGGUAUUACACUGUGUUCCAGCUUAACUGAGUUUUUGAACAGACUUAUUAAGCAUGCCUUUUGUUUAAGGAAAAAUAAUUGAUGUGUGAAUGGAAUCAAUCACCUAUUGAAAGGAAGGGUGUCAGGAUAAUGUAGGGGGACAUACCCUUAAAUUGGGUAGAGAUAAAUGUAUUAAAUUAAGUGUAACUGACUUGUUGGUGCCAUAGAAAUAUUUCCUUUGGAAGUCUGUAAAUAUGAAAUGUUUUCUUAAGCUAAAUUUGGUAUUUUUCACUUACUAGUUUGGUGUAACUUUUGAGAAUUCCAUUUCUGUAUAAUACUGUUAAUCACUGAAGCACCAUUUCUUAAUUUUAAAAUAUUUUUGUUAAUUUCUUUUGUGUUUUCUUUAAAAGUUAUUACUUAUCAAACUACUCUAAGCAGUGUGAUUUUUUUUUUAAGCAGUGCGGUUUUUUAAAAACAUUAUUUGAACAGUAGAUUCAGUUUUUUAACAGAAGUACAUUUUGUUAAUUCUGCACUCCAGAUUCACUUAAGCCUGAAUUUGGUCAUAAAACAUACUACUUAUUAGGAAUAUUUUCCUGUUUCGGUGAACAUUUCCAGUCUAUAUCCUAAGACAAUCAUCUUUUUAGGUAUAUUAUUGUUUGAGACAUUGGUAAUUUCAGGGUUCAGAGUUUUACUCUUCUGAUAGGCUUAUGGAAUGAAAUAGAGUGAGUGAUUCUAUCAUGUUCAGAAUGAGAUAGGGAAUUAUAGCUAGCUUUCCUAUAGGUCUGCAGUAAACAGUAUUUAAAUUUUUAUAUCACUAGUAUUAUUUUCCCUUUUGAAACUAUUGUGAAUAUCCUCUUGUCUGUGAUGAAAAUUAAGAUUUGUGAACAUUAAAAUUUGACCCAUAAGUUUUCUCAAACAUCAAAUCAGUAUGACCAACCAUUAUAAAUUGUGAAAUGAUAAUAUAUGAUAAUCCCAAAGUAAAUACUUCCAAACCAUAGAAAAAUAACCACUGCAUUUUUUAAAAUUUUAUUCUUACCCUCCACUGCAUAUUAUUUUUUCCUAAAUUAUAUGUUGUGAAAUAUUAAAAAUCUACAGGAAAAAAAUUGCUUAGAAUGUUUUAGGGCAAUAAGAAUUUUUAUUAUUUCUUGAAGAAUGAGGUUUUUUUUUUUUAGCUCUUGUUUUUCUUAUUAAAAAUAACUUUUAAUGGUUCGGUAAAAUAUUUUAGGGCAUGUUUGUAGCUUUUUAUAAUUAUCUGGAUACAUUCCUUUUGCCACAUAGACCAUAUGGCUAUUUCUCCAAUGAUUUUUUUGUUUGUUUUUAAUAAACCUUGCUAUUCAACAAUCAAGGAGACUUCUUCCAGUUGAGGUAGACAGGACUUAGAUAAUAGGAAAAGCAGAUACAAUGUCCUAACAUUUUCACAGUAGAGCUUACAAGUGAAGGAAAUUAUCCAAAUAGGUUAUCUUCAUUGUGUAGUACCAGUACAAAUAGUGGUUUCAUUAAUCAUUGAGUCAGAUGAAGCAGUUAUAAGUCAUUUCUUACUUUGCUCUAAAGAUUAUUGUCAUUUCAGGCCACAUUAUUAUAUUCUCUGGGCAGUUUCCAUUGUAAGGUUAAAUAUCCUUUUUCUUUACUCAUAUCAUCACUAAAGGUUAAGCUAAUCACAUAGGAGUUAAAAAUAAGUUAUGUUUGAUCUUUUUCCCUGAAAAUAAUGGUGAACCUAUUGUCUAUAUUAUGGAUAUUAGGCAUAAAUGCACUUGUUUCAAUCAUAGGAGAAAUUACAUUUGGAGACUACAAUUACUUGAUUUUGUAGUGGUGUGAAAUACUUUUUUAAAAAAUUGUGCUCGUCUGUAACUGAAUGUUAUAGAAUUGUAACACUAUAGGGAUUAUAGAGUUAUAUUUAUUAGCUCUCCUCAAGAGAUUGAAGCACAAUAAUUUUCAUGUAACAGUUCUUAUCCAAGUGCUGCUAAUCUGUGUGCAAAUAAUGAAGCUAUUUGGUUGCCUAUCUAGCUAUUCACAAAUCACUGUAAUCCUUGAGACUUUGUCUUGUUGCUCAUUUGUACUAAAUUUUGGGUAUUGUGGGUUAAUAUUUUAGAUCAAAAUCUGUCAACUCAGCUCUGUGAGACAGCAAACCAUUUAGAUUCACUAGUUUUAUAUGUGUUAUCAGUAGAAUAAAUUUUGAAGGGGCAAUUUACUACCAAUGACUAAGGGGGGAAAUUAUAUUGUCAGUAUCAUUUGACUUGAAUAUCUGUGGUAUUGUGAAAGUCUUAUUUGUUGUGUUUCUGAAUUGCUUAAGCCAUACAUACUCUUAAGGAUGUUUUCCUGUUGUGUUCCUUUUCAGUAGCCUUUUUCUGCUUUGUCUGUUACGGUUAAUACUUCAUAGAUUUUAGAAACUGAGAAGUUAUUGAAACAUUUUAUUUUCUUGAGUUCAUCACUUUUGACUCUUGUAUGAUAUGUGAUUUGUUAUAAAGGAUAGCAAGCCUUUCACUAACUACUUCACUAAAUGAAUUUCAGAGUAAACACUGUGAUUCCACAGAGUGGAUUCAGUAGGCCCUUCUUUCCAAUGUUUUCUUCUGUUAUGGUGCCUACCACCUUAAGGGCACUUAAAUGGUAGAGGAUGGAAAGUUAAACGUUGUUUUGAUGUUUUUUUAAUAACAAGAUUACAGAAAAUUUGAGUUUUGUUGUCAGUGUAUUGAAAACAUUUUUGCAAUGAUAAAUGUUCUCUAGGAAUGUGACUACAUUCAUCAGGUGUGAACUCUUGUAAAUGAAUUUUGUAUCUUGAAUCCACGUGUAUAUUAAGUGUAUCAUCAAUAUAAAAAUAAACAUUAUUUGCUUAAA